AUGCGUUCAGCUCUCCUCCUCGCCCUCCUCCCGCUCAUCGCUGCCAUUCCGACCCCCAACGCCAACUCUGACGUCGCUGUUACCCACAACAAGCGCGGCGGUCACGGUGGCCACGGCGGCCACGGGUGCAAGGCCCACGGCUCUUCCGGUGGUGACAAUGGUAGCGAUACCCCCGCGGCUGAAGCCUCGCCAACCCCCGCCGAGUCGGCCGUCGACACCCCUGCAGCUGAGGCCACGCCGACUCCCGCCGAGUCUGCCAGCGCCGAUGCCCAGGCUACGCCCGAUGCUGCGGCCAGUGAUGCCUCACAGGGUUCGGAAUCCCCUUCGACCACUCAGACCGAUGACGCGGCCGCCACGAGCGCCGCCGCCUCCAGCGACGGCCAACAGUCCCCAGCCACUUCGGGCGUCAACGACCCCGAAGGCUCUGGCCCGUUCUCGGGUGGCAUUGCGACAUUCUACAACCUCGGAACUCAGGCUACGGCUUGCGGUGGUCGCUUUGGCAACGACAUUCCCGUUGUCGCCGUUUCUGAGGAAGUCUUCAACUCGUGGGGCCAGGACGGCGCUCCCAGCUUCCCCAACGGCGCCCCCGUCUGUGGCAAGGUCAUCAGCAUUUGGAAGUCCGACGACCCCAGCUCGACGCAGCUCGCCCAGAUCCAGGACAUUUGCCCUGGCGGGUCGUGCAAGAACAAGCGCGACCUCGACAUGUCGCCCGGUCUCUUCCAGGCGCUCUGGCCCAACGACCCCAUCGCGCAGGGCACCUUCCCCGUCAGCUGGCAGUACGUCGACCACCAGGGCGACCUCCCAAGCCUCCCCGUCAGCGGCGACUUUGACCCAUAUUUCCAGCAGACCCACGAGGUCUAA